UUUGACUCUGAAUGAUUAGUUCCAGUUCGGUUGUAGCCUCAACUUCACGUGUCAAACCCCUGGCAGCUGAGUCUUAAAAGAUCAUGAGACGUUCUGGACGGCGGACAACUGGAAGAGAGACUAUGCCUUACUGUUUGGACUUUAAACCGGGUUUUACACAAUCAGUCUUCAAAAGUCGUCGGUCUAUUUUCCAUUGAGGUCGAGUCACGCUAGUUGGACCGACCAAAAGAAGAAGAAGAAGAAAAAAAUCAACUUCUGUCAGACCGCCAGCCAGCCGUUGGUGGAGCUCGAGCGUCGGUCAACGUUUGAAGAAUAGAAUAAUAGGUUUUUAGAUUUUAAAGAGAGACAUUGUUAUCAUCAAUUGCUAUACAAUGUUUAAGAUUUGCCUACAGAAAGCUGUCUGGUCAGCUGUACAGAAGUUACCGUCGGGACUGAGGCAGGCUCCACCGGCGGCGCUAUGGAUAGCGCAGAGGCUGCCGCGGACCGGGCAGCACACACCGAGCUGCUGGAUGGGAACGCAUGGGAGAAACGAACCGAGGGAGCCGCUCAACUCUCCCAAGAGGGCCAAAGAGUUUAUUUACCGUCUCCAGCCGAAUGAGAGGACGUGUUUACUCAAAGAGCUGCAGAGUUUCGAGUCCAUUGCUAUCGCUCAAGAGACUGUGGAGCCAUCGCCGCCAAAUGCAGCCCAGAUCAGAUAUGUUUUACUCCACAACGCCAUUCCUUUCGUUGGAUUUGGUUUUCUGGAUAAUGCCAUCAUGAUUGCAGCAGGAACGCAGAUUGAGCUCUCCAUCGGAGUCACUCUGGGAAUCUCCACCAUGGCUGCUGCUGCUCUGGGGAACCUGGUCUCAGAUCUGGCAGGUCUUGGUCUUGCAGGUUAUGUGGAGGCUCUGGCUUCCAGGCUGGGGAUGCAGGUUCCAGAUCUGACACCCAAACAGGUGGAUAUGUGGCAGACCAGGCUCAGCUCUCACAUGGGAAAAGCCAUUGGAGUGUCCAUCGGCUGUAUUUUGGGGAUGUUUCCGCUGUUUUUUCUGGGCGAUGAUGAUGAGAAAGAUAAAGAAGCACAGCCGUGCAGCGACACAUCCUCACGCUCCUCUUAACAAGUCACUACACAACAGUUUCACAACUCAAACCGGGUGCUGCUGAUGUAAACAGAACUGAAACGUGUUCACUGUUUGAUGUCUCUCUGUCCUGCUCAGGUGGCGUUCACUGUUAUUUUAUUGAAGCCUUUUGAAGCCAAAGUUGGUGGUUUUUGCUCUUUUAUGUGUGCCAUCAGUUGAUUUUGUCAGGUCUCACUUCUAUUUGAGCGUUUCAUCAUCUCAGCCUUAUCUUUUAUUGGUCUUUCAUUUAGUCACUUUAGUGAGAGUAUUGGUUUUUAAAGAAAGUUUAUAACAUUUACAAUCUGAUUUGCUUGAGGUAAUCACUUCAAAACCUCUUUAAAUGGCUUGUUUGCUGGUGAAGAGUGGUGUGUUUUGUUUUGGUUGAAAGAUAGAGGAUUGCUAAUUUUUGUUAUGUUGUGGGGAAAUCAGUAAGCUAGAAAAGAAAAGUCUAAAGUCACAAAUGUUUGCUUAAUUUUUUUCGCUAUCAGAGGGAAUUAGCUGAGGUUUGCUGUUCCUGCAGUUAUCCACAAGGAUUUAUGACAUUAUGCUACAUAGGCUAAUAGACCAAGUUUAAGCUUAUAGGAGUGGGAUGUGUCAUUUUAGAUCUUUGCAUUUGCAUUUCUUUAAGUAGUUUUGCAACUUGGCCUUAUCUAAUGAUCUGACUGGUUAUGACUGAAUGUUAUGUCUUUAAAUAGGUCAGUUCUCUAAAAGGAGAGCCAGCAUAGGAAUAAUAAAUGAAACUGAUAUUCUGAUACAUAUCCAUGAGAGUGUCUUAGCACAAAGAAAGUCUUUGGACAACUGGACAUUGAUGGACGUGCCAGUAGGAAACUUCAUGCAGAAAAUGGAAAGUAGGCAAAUAAAAGAGACAAACUACCCUUGAAGUUUUAUUUUUAAAUGAAGGAGUGCACUUAAAUAAUCCUUAAAAUUGGCACAGCUGUGACAGUCAUCUAGUCUCAGCAGGAUUUAUCUGUAAAUUGUAGCACUGAAGACGUGAUCAACCACAUGUGACAAUAACCAUGGGAAGCAAACGGCAUAAAUACUUCCAUCAAGCAGCAGGAGCUCUGUGAUGAUGGUUCACGGUAGGAUUUAUGGCUGCAGAUCGCCUUUAUCAGAGCUUGUUUAGUGCUUCAGGGAUCUAAUGUUUACUUAACAUAUGAUGAUCCCAGUGAGGUAUACUUAUUUUAAACCAAUAAUAAAAAUAUAUGUAUAACUUUUUUUUUUUUUUACAAAUUUAACUAAAUGUUCGAACCUCAAAAUGCACAAUAUUUUUUUAUGUGAACGCCACCUAAGUAGCUUCUAAGAUGGGAAGGGCUCACCUUUUACUGCUUCUGUUGUUUCCCCACAUAAAGGGAUUCAACAGUCCAGCAGUUAUUUUCAGUAUUUUACCAAACUGGAUGUCGACUCCCAUCAUGACAGCAGAGACAGACACAGUAGACGCUGAAUGUCUGAUAGCAGAGGCGCUAUGCCAUCUGUUAGCUGCUGUCAGACAGCUUGACUGGCAUGCCUGUUUGCUUUGUUGUUGUUUUCUUAGGAAACUUUAUAUAUUUGAAUACUUAAACACUAUUUAUUUGUGUGUCAACAACAAACUUGUUUUCAGUGGCAACCUGUGAAUUCACUGCAGAUGAAUAUAAAAAACAGGAAGUCUCAUCUGCUACCUCGAUGAAUAAUGUUGCUGUUUUGCAUGAAGAACUGGUUUGGCUUCAUCUCAGUUUUUAUCUUUAUAUUUGAUGUGUUUUUUUUUGUUUUUGAUCUUCAGAUGUUUAGAGCUUGAUAAAUGAAGGUGGUGUUCAGUGGCAGUUGAUACUAUUUGGAAUACAAGGUUUUUAUUUUCAAUUUUCACCUUUUGAUUUUGAAGGAUGUUCUUUGCUAUCAGUUUUUUUUUUUGUACUUUUUUUUCUCUCUCCUUUAAGUGCUUUCACACAUACACUCCACUUUGAUCCUGCCAUCUGUGUAAUUUAGUCUUGUUCCAUCAGACAUGAAGCUUCAGAUGGUUAAAGCUUACCAUUUAAGAUGGUUCAAUCUAACAGUUUGUACCAUAAAGUUUCAGCUCAUAUGAUUUUCUUUCUCUCUGCCUUUUAUUUAUCUCCCUCUGUCUUUUUUUUGCUUCUGUCUCCAUCUUACACUCCAGCUAUCAACAAACCUGCAAGAUUAGAGUUUCAUGUCUGAACUAUGACUGCUAGUUGCAGCUAAAUUUCAGACAUGAAUUGAAAUUAAAAAUACUUAAUCAGUCAAUCGAGGCCAAAGUCAUUACCCUUACUGUCUGAGGCUAGUAAGGAUAAUGGCUUUGUCAGUAGAAUAAACGAGGAUCAUGCUGAUAAAUAACAGACUCUGGGGGCAGAGAAAAGUUAUUUCUAUGCCUCAAAAGUUUAAACCUUCCCAAAACUCAAGGUGAAUCUUGAAAUGAAUGUUGGUUAAUAUGCCCAAUUUUACCUGCGGCUAUUUAACAGAUAGUCUGAGCUCAACUCCCACAAAGUACUUGAAUCAAAGAGAUUUAAGGUUUAUAAAAAAAUAAUAAUAAAUUCUUGCUUCUGCUGCAGGCUUAGGGAAAAGAAAAAAAGUUUUACAGCCAGUCCAAUGCUUUAAUAGGCGUUUGAUCUAAGCCA